AUGAGCAGGUGUGACAAGAAUGCACUUGAGGACUCACUCUGCAAGCGGGUAAUUGUCACUCCAGAUGGGAACAUUACAAAAUUACUAGACCCAGCUGCAGCUGUUACGAGCCGUGAUGCCCUGGCAAAGACAAUAUAUUCCAGAUUGUUUGACUGGAUUGUGGACAAGAUAAAUAAUUCAAUUGGUCAGGAUCCCAAUGCAAAAAGCAUUAUUGGAGUCCUUGAUAUUUAUGGUUUUGAGAGCUUCAAGAUCAACAGUUUUGAGCAGUUGUGUAUCAACUUAACAAAUGAGAAGCUGCAACAGCAUUUUAAUCAGCAUGUGUUCAAGAUGGAGCAAGAAGAGUACACGAUGGAGGAAAUCAACUGGAGUUAUGUAGAAUUUGUUGAUAACCAAGACGUUUUGGAUCUCAUUGAGAAGAAACCUGGGGGUAUAAUUGCUCUUCUUGAUGAAGCCUGGAUGGGCUUAAAGGGCUAUCAGAUUGGGAAAACAAAGGUGUUUCUUAGAGCUGGACAGAUGGCGGAGUUAGAUGCUAGAAGAACUGAAGUUCUGGCUAAUGCUGUGAGGCGGAUUCAAAGGCAAAUACGGACACAUCUCACACGUAAAGAGUUCAUUACCCUCCGAAGGGCCACAAUUCACAUGCAGAAACUUUGGAGAGCACAACUUGCACGUAAGCUCUAUGAACAUAUGAGGAAGGAAGCUGCGUCAAUCCGUAUCCAGAAACAUCUACGUGCUCAUGCAGCAAGAAAAUCUUACACAGACUUACAGGCAGCAGCAAUAGUCAUUCAAACUGGUUUGCGAGCAAUGGCAUCCCGAGAUGAAUACAGGCGCAGAAGAAGAAACAAAGCAGCUACUAAAGUUCAGACUCAAUGGCGAAGAUUCCAUGCUCUUUCUGCAUACAAUCAGCAAAAGAAAGCAAAUCUAACACUUCAAUGCCUCUGGAGAGCACGGGUGGCAAGAAAAGAGCUUAGAAAGCUGAGAAUGGCUGCAAGAGAAACUGGGGCGCUAAAAGAAGCCAAGGACAAGCUGGAAAAGCGUGUUGAAGAGCUAACAUGGCGAUUAGAUUUCGAAAAGCACUUGAGGAUUGAUCUUGAAGAAGCGAAGGGGCAAGAAAUUGCAAAAUUGCAGAAUGCUCUACAUGAAAUGCAGGGGCAACUAGAUGAAGCUCACGCCACAAUAACUCAUGAGAAAGAAGCAGCAAAGAUAGCCAUUGAACAAGCCCCACCCGUUAUCAAAGAGGUACCAGUCGUGGACAACACCAAGGUGGAGCAAUUGACAAAUCAAAACCAAGAACUCGAGGGUGAAGUAAGAGAGCUUAAGAAGAGAAUGCAGGAAUUUGAGCAGAAGUAUUCUGAUGUUCAAACAGAAAGCCGGGCCAGACUUAAAGAGGUAGAGGAAUCACAGCUGAGAGCAACACAACUUCAGGAGGCCAUUGAAAGAUUAGAACUGAACUUGACCAACCUUGAAUCUGAGAACCAGGUUUUACGCCAGCAGGCUUUGGCUGCAUCAACUAGCGAGGACCUCUCCGAGGAAAUGGAAAUGUAA